CCCACCGGGCACCAUCAUAAUGAGAAAAUAAGACCAAGUUGUUGUUAUUUUUAAUCUCAUUGUACGGGAAAUAAGUGGGUCUCGCUUGCAACGUUCUUUCCCAUCUCAAUCGUUGAAAAUCAUCGGAUCGAAAAGACGUUUUAGUCGAACAAUAACAUUUCCGCUCUAGCGGUUUCGUGUAACUGUGAGUAUAUAUACUUGGUAGACAGUAUGAUGUGGUGUUCCUGAUAACUAGGUUUUUAUCCGUUAUCUGUACCACACAAUUUUCGUUCGAUUCGAAUCCGUUUUUGAAAAAUGGGUUCCAAAGUCGAGUACGUGGAUUCGUCACAGUUGUACGCCACGAAUUACGUGCGCAACGCCAAGGCGGUCGGCGUGUUGUGGGGUAUAUUCACGGUUUGCUACGCGAUCAUCGUUGCGGUGGCGUUCAUCACUCCCGAGUGGAUAGGCGACACGACGACAUCCGAAAACCCUGCCCGCUUCGGUCUGUGGAACAGUUGUUACUUCGGUAAUGGCGUGUCGUCCGCCGUCGAAGAUUGCCAGGGAAAACUGGAAUUGUCUAGCAUACCAAGUAUGGCUCUAAGAGUAGCAGCUAUUUUCGGUGGUGUGUCCGUGUGCAUUGCUAUUGUAAUUGUGGUGAUGUUGUUACUGUUCUUUUUCUUUCAAACGACCACUGUGUAUCUUCUCUGUGGAUGGUUACACAUUUUAUCUGCUGGUUGUCUGAUCACAUCCAUUGUUGUGUUUCCAUUUGGCUGGGACUCGCCCAAUAUUCAGAAAACGUGUGGUCCCAAUGCUAAAAGCUACAAUCUUGGUGAUUGUAGCUUUCGUUGGGCAUAUUUAUUAGCUGUUAUUGCUGGUGUGGAUGCACUUAUUCUGUCAGCAUUAGCAUUUAUUUUAGCCACUAGACAUAUAAAACUCCAACCAGAACCAUUAUACGCUUCUACUUUACGCAAAGGUGAAAUGAACGGAUAUUUGGGCGAUAGUAGUGUAUCAAUGGCUGGAUCUAGAAAAUCUUUGAAUUUACAACCCGUUAUGCUGAUGCCACAACCGAUGAUGGAUCAAGACAGGUUUUCUGAGUUUUCCAAUAGAACAGGUCGCUCUCAUAAAGGUGCCAUGUAUAGACCAGAGUAUGCUUCAUCUAGCAUUCAUAAUUUUCAACUUUGAAUAUUUUUCAAGAAAAAUAAUGAUGAAUUCAAGGGUUUAAAAAUUAUAAUGUAUGCAACAAAUUAAUAUCAGUAAGAUUUUUACUCAUAAAUAUAAUUAAUGUCUGUAAUGGAUGUUAAUAUUAAAUUAUUUACAUUGUUGACUAUGUAUUUUUUAGUUCUUGCCGUUAAGAACAUACUUGAUAGUAUUAAAACAUAUAAAUUACGAUUACAGUUAUUAUAAGUAAUCUUGG